AUGAGCGGUGCAGGGAGCGGUGACGCGCUGGACACGCCGCCGUGGGAGAAUUUCGGGCGGUGGAUCUACUGCAUAUGCGUUGUAACUUUCGAUCUUGAAGUGGGACAGUCCAUCGAGGUUGUAUAUCCCGGGGAUGCGCAACUAACUGCCAACGAGAAAACCAGUAUAUGUUAUUUAUCAUUCCCGGACUCCAACAGUACCACUGCCCGCGACACUAUUUUUCAUUUUCGGAUACGUCGCACAUCGUGUGCCUCAAAUUCAUCCACCUAUAAUGCUUAUUCGGAGCACGUGCCUGCGGCAGUCGAUGCGGACGCUCUCUAUUUUUACGGUUUUGUUCAUUUCAGGCAAACGAAAGAUUCAUCUUUGCCGCGUGGAUACUUUCAGAAGAGUCUUGUGUUGCUUACUGUAUUACCGCUUCUCGAUCUAUUCUCGCUUGUUGUCGGUGUGAUUGCCGAGGGAUUCUUUGAUCUGGGCGAACCAGCAAUUGAAGCAGCGUGCCAUCAUAUUGAUCAGUGGCCGGUUCCAUCUCCCAGUGUUGUGCUGCGUCUUCCACUUCUGGGAAAUCUUAUACACUGUAGGAUCCCGUGCCAGAUUGAUUUAUAUUCGCCUCAGAAAUGCUGCUUUGUAGAAGUUAGGCUGAUGCCACCGAGCAAAAAUUCCGACUUGUUGUCCAUCGUGGGUAAAUCAAAUCUCCUUCAGUAA